GGAAGCGGCGGCUAGGGACCGGAAGCGGCGUCUGUGAGACCGGAAGCGGCGGCCGUACCGGCUCCGGGGCCGCUUCCGGGCGCGAUGCGGUGCGAGCUGCGGGGCGCGGGUGGGCCGGUGCCGCUGCCCGACGGCGAGACCGUGGUGCUGGGCCGGGGGCCGCUCACCGGAGUCACCGACCGAAAGUGCUCCCGCGGCCAGGUGGAGAUUGUGGCCAACUAUGCUGAGGGCACAGCCCUGGUCAUCCAGCGAGGUGUGAACCCCACUUCUGUGGGGGGGGCGACGCUGGGCCGGGGGGGUCGCGCCACGCUCCGCCCCGGCCAGACCCUCUGCUUGGUCAACGGGCUUUACCCUCACGAACUUCACUUUGAGGGGUCCCCCCGACCCCCCAAACGCCCCUCAAGCCCCCCCACAUCCCCUCCCCCGCUCCGGGGGGGCCCCCCAAAAUCCCUGCCCCCCCCCGGCGGCGGCGGCGGCGCUUGGGACCACCACGGCUCCCUCCUCAUCUUCACCCCCCCCGGCGCCCUCCCCAGCGCUCAGAUCGCUGGCUUCGACCUGGACGGGACCCUCAUCACCACCAAGUCGGGGAAGGUGUUUCCCACCGGCCCCGAGGACUGGAGGAUUUUGUACCCCGAGAUUCCCAAGAAACUGAAGCAGCUGCAGAAAGAUGGGUAUAAGCUCGUCGUCUUCACCAACCAACUGGGGAUCUCCCGCGGCCGCCUCCGUCCCCACGACUUCAAGGUCAAGGUGGAGGCGGUGACGGAGCGGCUGGGGCUGCCCCUGCAGGUGUUCGUGGCGACGGGGCCGGGGAUCUAUCGGAAACCCGUGCUGGGGAUGUGGGAUCAUCUCUGCGAGAAGGCGAACGGGGACGUGACGGUGUCGGUGCCCGACAGCCUCUACGUGGGGGAUGCCGCCGGGCGCCCCCAAAACUGGGCCCCCGGGCGCAAGAAGAAGGAUUUCUCCUGCAGCGACCGCCUGUUUGCCCUCAACGCGCAGCUGCGCUUCCACACGCCGGAGGAAUUCUUCCUGGGCUGGGCGCCCGCGCCCUUUGACCUGCCGACCUUUGACCCC